AUGGCUGUAGAAGAGACGAUUCCUGAAGAAGAGGCUCCAAAGGGAGACGGAUGGACAGAUAAUACUAAUGAUAGGCUUCCUAAUCCACGGAUCAGUCCCCCAAACCAAAGGCUUCCUCAUCCACGGAUUAGUCCCACAAACCAAAGGCUUCCUAAUCCACGGAUCAGUCACCCAAACCAAAGGCUUCCUAAUCCACGGAUCAGUCCCCCAAACCAAAGGCUUCCUAAUCCACGGAUCAGUCCCCCAAACCAAAGGCUUCCUAAUCCACGGAUCAGUCCCCCAAACCAAAGGCUUCCUAAUCCACGGAUCAGUCCCCCAAACCAAAGGCUUCCUAAUCCACGGAUUAGUCCCCCAAACCAAAGGCUUCCUAAUCCACGGAUCAGUCCCCCAAACCAAAGGCUUCCUAAUCCACGGAUCAGUCCCCCCAACCAAAGGCUGUCUAAUCCACGGAUUAGUCCCCCAAACCAAAGGCUUCCUAAUCCACGGAUCAGUCCCCCAAACCAAAGGCUUCCUCAUCCACGGAUUAGUCCCACAAACCAAAGGCUUCCUAAUCCACGGAUCAGUCACCCAAACCAAAGGCUUCCUAAUCCACGGAUCAGUCCCCCAAACCAAAGGCUUCCGAAUCCACGGAUCAGUCCCCCAAACCAAAGGCUUCCUAAUCCACGGAUCAGUCCCCCAAACCAAAGGCUUCCUAAUCCACGGAUCAGUCCCCCAAACCAAAGGCUUCCUAAUCCACGGAUCAGUCCCCCAAACCAAAGGCUUCCUAAUCCACGGAUCAGUCCCCCCAACCAAAGGCUGUCUAAUCCACGGAUUAGUCCCCCAAACCAAAGGCUUCCUAAUCCACGGAUCAGUCCCCCAAACCAAAGGCUUCCUAAUCCACGGAUCAGUCCCCCCAACCAAAGGCUGUCUAAUCCACGGAUUAGUCCCCCAAACCAAAGGCUUCCUAAUCCACGGAUCAGUCCCCCAAACCAAAGGCUGUCUAAUCCACGGAUUAGUCCCCCCAACCAAAGGCUUCCUAAUCCACGGAUUAGUCCCCCAAACCAAAGGCUUCCUAAUCCAUGGAUCAGUCCCCCAAACCAAAGGCUUUCUAAUCCACGGAUCAUUCCCCCAAACCAAAGGGUUUCUAAUCCACGGAUCAGUCCCCCAAACCAAAGGCUUUCUAAUCCACGGAUCAGUCCCCCAAACCAAAGGCUUCCUAAUCCAUCGAUUAGUCCCACAAACCAAAGGCUUCCUAAUCCACGGAUCAGUCCCACAAACCAAAGGCUUCCUAAUCCACGGAUCAGUCCCACAAACCAAAGGCUUCCUAAUCCACGGAUCAGUCCCACAAACCAAAGGCUUCCUAAUCCACGGAUCAGUCCCCCAAACCAAAGGCUGUCUAAUCCACGGAUUAGUCCCCCCAACCAAAGGCUUCCUAAUCCACGGAUUAGUCCCCCAAACCAAAGGCUUCCUAAUCCAUGGAUCAGUCCCCCAAACCAAAGGCUUUCUAAUCCACGGAUCAUUCCCCCAAACCAAAGGCUUUCUAAUCCACGGAUCAGUCCCCCAAACCAAAGGCUUUCUAAUCCACGGAUCAGUCCCCCAAACCAAAGGCUUCCUAAUCCAUCGAUUAGUCCCACAAACCAAAGGCUUCCUAAUCCACGGAUCAGUCCCACAAACCAAAGGCUUCCUAAUCCACGGAUCAGUCCCACAAACCAAAGGCUUCCUAAUCCACUGAUCAGUCCCACAAACCAAAGGCUUCCUAAUCCACGGAUUAGUCCCACAAAGACAACACAUACAAAAUUGUCAAUAACAGACUUCGUGUUGACAACCUCGAACGUAGCUCCUUCAACACGAUCUAUACCACCAAACAGCCUCGAACGUAGCUCCUUCAACAGAGCUAUCCCACCAAACAGCCUCGAACGUAGCUCCUUCAACACAGCUAUCACACCAAACAGCCUCGAACGUAGCUCCUUCAACAGAGCUAUCCCACCAAACAGCCUCGAACGUAGCUCCUUCAACAGAGCUAUCCCACCAAACAGCCUCGAACGUAGCUCCUUCAACACAGCUAUCACACCAAACAGCCUCGAACGUAGCUCCUUCAACACGAUCUAUCCCACCAAACAGCCUCGAACGUAG